AUGACGUCCCUAUCUGACAUAGAUCUGGAGCCAAAGCCAGAAACCCAAUCACCACAUAGGACACCAUCUCAAGUCCCUCAAGUCUCUCCAGAUGUCGAGUCUAGCUCACAAUCCGACCAAGACAAGAACCUUUAUCCAGCGGACGCUCUCUCAACUCCUCGCCAGAUCCUCUUCGUUGGAACUCUCUGCACAGCCAUGUUCACCAACCAAAUUGGCCUGGGAAACACCCUCGCAACUGUCGGUUUGAUUGGAGAGUCAUUUGGCAUCACCAAUCCAGGCCAACUCUCCUGGCUCAUCGCAGGCUAUAGUCUGACUCUGGGAACCUUCAUCCUCAUCGGUGGACGUCUGGGGGAUGAGUUUGGCCACAAGAAGAUGUUCGUCAUCGGCAUGAUCUGGUACUCUCUUUGGUCCAUGGUUGCCGGCCUAUCGGUCUACUCCAAUUACGUUCUGUUCACCUUUUCCCGUGUGUUUCAAGGCAUGGGUCCUGCUCUCACUCUACCAAAUGCUCUCGGUAUCCUGGGCCGGUCCUUUGCGCCCGGGCCGCGACAGAAUAUGGCAUUUGCAUGGUUUGGUGGAACUGCUCCUUUUGGUGCCAUUGCAGGUUUCUUGUUCGGGGGUCUCUUUGCUGUCGCUUGGUGGCCGUGGAUCUACUGGAGUCUCGCAAUUGCGCUUGCUGGUAUAGCUGCUUUUGCUGAGUGGACAAUUCCACCGCCUCUUCAGGAGAAGCAGACUAAGCCACUCCGAGAGAGACUUGAAGCGCUCGAUAUUCCCGGCGGCUUGACUGGUGUUACUGCAUUGGUACUGUUCAACUUUGCGUGGAACCAGGCUGUUGUAGUUGGCUGGAAACAGCCCUACGUCUCCGUCUGCCUCAUACUCGGCGUCCUGUUCGGAGCAGUGUUCUUCUGCAUCGAGAUCUACUGGGCGAAAUCACCUCUCCUACCUCUAGCUUCCUUCAACUCCGACAUUGGGUUCGUGUUUGCAUGUACGGCAACAGGCUGGGCGUGUUUUGGUAUCUGGGUCUACUACAUUGGCCAAGUCGCUCUCGACAUCGGAGGAAACACCCCGAUUCAGAUCGCAGCCUGGUUUGUGCCGGUCAUCCCCGUUGGAUUGAUCUCAGCCCUGGCUGUUGGAAAGUUGAUUGGGAGGAUUCCAGCGUCUUGGAUUAUGGUUGUCGGUCAGGUUGCAUACCUCGUGGGCUCCAUCCUCGCAGCAGCACGACCUCCUCAUUCUAUUUACUGGACAUAUUAUUUCUUCAGCGUCCUCAUCAUUACUGUCGGUAUGGAUACGUCAUUCCCUUCCGCUGUCAUCAUCUUCUCGAACGCGGUGCCUCGAGAGGUUCAGGGAAUGGGUGCAAGCGUUGUCUUGACCGUCAUCAACUACAGCAUAUCCAUCGGACUUGGGUUUGCGGGUACUGUAGAGACAAACAUUAACGACGGCGGUAAGAAUGAAGAUGACAGACUGCUGGGUUAUCGCGGGGCACUGUGGUUCUCUGUUGGCUUGGCUGGACUUGGGUUUGUGCUUAGUUUGCUCUUCGUUGCAAAGGGCCGCCUACUUACAGCACGAGAGCACUAG